CGGGCCACAGUCACGCACGGGGCGACAGGCACAAGCUGGGUAGUGUGCAACGACUUGACGUGACGCCGCUCUCUUAGCAACUCGAUUCGCGCAGGUCGCGCCUCGCAAUAGCAGAAACGUUGGCCGCGGUGCCAGAACAGCUCGAUCCGUUGCGUUGAAACGUCCCGCAUUGGUGCGCGCGCACUCUGGCUUAGUCCCUGCGGUUUGUGUACAGUGCGAAGUGCGAAGUGUUGUUUACUAUUGAGCGUUCCGGAAUAGGAGGAGCUCUCUUGCGACGUGCGCUACAUUUGCCAAAGCGCCAACGAUUCGUGUGCUGCCGGGUAGUGUCGAUCUUGUGAGUUUCUUUUCGGUGGUAGUGGAAAAAGUCGUGUGCUUUGUUCGGAUCUCUUGGCCAACGUGCGCUCAGCGGCAUCAUCAACCGAUAUCACAGGUUGGCGCUUUGCGGUUUCGAUCGUUUGUGGUCCUUUUCCUUGCCUGGCAACGCGUUUUCACUACCGGAUCGACAACAGUAACGGAUUGCGACAGCACGCGACACGCGAUAACACCUUUCGCGAACAAAGUCGUCACCGGAGGGCAUAUCAAAACCGAUCGGUCUGCCUAAUUUGCUCCCACUUCACAACACAUUCCUGCCUGCAACGCGAAACACCAUGGCCAACGUGCACGAGGACGAAAUGAAGCACUGUUACGAGAACCUGAUCGUCGUCGACGUCGGUGCCAAUCUGACCAACAAGAAGUACACCCGAGAUCUCGACUCGGUGAUACAGCGGGCAAAAGAUUCUGGCGUACAGAAAAUUAUGGUCCCCGGAACGUCGGUGAAGUCGAGCAAGGAAGCACUCCGACUGACACGCAUCUAUCCCGGCAUCAUCUACUCGACGGCCGGCAUCCACCCGCACGACUCAAAAUCGAUCAUCGAAGAACCGAGCAGCUGGCACGACUUCCAGAUGAUUGCCGGCGCACCCGAGUGCGUCGCCAUUGGGCCCUGUGGGCUCGACUAUCAGCGCGACUUUUCCGAACCCUGCACGCAGAAAGAGAUUUUCGAACGGCAGCUAAAGCUGGCCGCCGAGCUCGGGAAACCGAUACUGAUCCACGAGCGAUCGGCACAGGAGGAUGUUUUGGAAAUACUCACGAGAUUCCAACCAACACAGCCGAUUAUCGUGCGAGGUUUCAUGGGCACCACGGACGAGGCCUUAAAGUACCUGGAGCGUGAAUUCUACAUCUCGCUGACUGGAUACCUAUGCAAGGAUAAAUCCGACACUGGCGUGCGGAAGCUAUUGGAAGACGGACGACUACCGAUGGAGCGUCUGCUGGUGGAAACGGACUCCCCGUUCAUGUAUCCGAACACGCGCGCCUCGAAGCUACCGCAGCACGUCAAGGGUGGACUGACUGAGCGCUCGCUGCUCUACCUCCACCGUUACUGCACCUUCCAGCGCAAUGAGCCGUGCAGUUUGCCAGCGAUCGUCGAGAUGAUAGCGGCAUUUAUGAACAAAAAACCGGAGGACGUAGCGCUCGCCACCGCUUUCAAUGCACUCAAACUGUUCGGGUUGUCGCAGUGAGGCGUUUCCCAGCCACGGCUAUCGAUCUAUGGCGCAAGCAUUAGCGCGCAAAGAGACAACUGAAAACAAUCGAACGACGUCGAACCGCGCCACUACGCUGGUCGACGAUUUUAUAUUUAUCGCGAAACCAUUCUUUUUUUGCUAUCGAACAUUUAAUUUUCCCCCACGUUUUCGGAUUGCGAAAGCAAUCGAAUCUACGAACUCCGUAUAAAGUUAAGCAAGUUGUUAAUGGUUUAACAGUUAUUGUCGCCUUCUUCCUCCAAUCCACAUGGAAACCUUCAACGGUCGUGGAGGUGAACGGAAGAUCGCCGAGUGGGUAUUUGUUUGUUUUCGUUUUUGAUAAUAGGCAAUCUAUGGGUGAUAAUACUAAAGUAAAGCAAACAUUUCAUUCGAUUG